AGAUAAUCGACAUUUACACGCUUAGAGUCUAUGAAUACAUAGAUUGCCUUCCAAAGACCAAGCCUGCCAAUUAGCGGGUAAAAAGGCAGUAGGAGAAAUCAAAUGAACACGCUCAUCAUGGCCUCAGUCAAACUGCGGCCAGCUCAGCCAGCAGAUGCAGCCGGCAUCGCAGAUACUCACUACAGAGCCCUGGAUCGAUAUCAUGAAUUCUACGGGGCAUUUUUUGUCUUGGCUCCGAGAGAUAUUUUGGAAAAAUCGACGCCUGUGGCGCUGGAAAAGCCGGAAAACAUUAUGUUGGUUGCGGUAGAUGAGGAAUCGAACGACGUUGUUGGGAUCGUUAAGUACACUAUUGAGGCAGAGAAAAUGGCGUCUACUGCUACUGUUGAGGAUCCUGCUUCUGUGCCUGCUGGGCCUCCCUUAACAGCAGUCAAAGAGCACUUGAAAGACCUGUGGACAGAAUUUGGGAAGCGAAGAGACGAGAUGGAUGAAUGCUAUGAGAAGGUUGCGGAUGGAAAGCAGCAUAUCUAUAUUCAUACUUUGAUGAUCAACCCAGAUUACCAGCGCAGGGGCAUUGGAGGGAAGCUGCUCGCUGCGGUGCUGAAACGGAGUGACGAGGAGGGUAUUCCGACAUUUUUGGCCUCAACAGCAGAGUCCAUUGGGCUGUACAGCAGGAUGGGCUUUGAGAGCUUGGGAGCGUGGCCGAUUGACAACGAGUACUGGGCGGGAAGGAUAGCUGGGCUGGAAAAGGAGCUCGGGAUCGCUGGGCAUGAAGGGCUGCAGGAGUUGUUCAAGGGGGUUGGAGAGGUUGAGGAUGUGAUGGUGAGAUGGCCAAAGAAGCAGUGAGUGAGUGCAUAUUGAGCCAAGCUACCUACCUAGGUACAUUCAUGUACCAAGAGUCUGGAAACGCUGUACUAGCUCUCACCAAAUCUUUAUAAGAGAUAAAGUAAAUGAAUUUUGCAAUGAUUAAAUUUUAUAAUCUUAAGAAUAUAUAUGGUUUUAUCUA